CUCCGCCCACUCUCCUCUCACUUCAGUCCGAUCAAUCUUCACCAUGCCGAUCCGAGCAAUCGCCGUUGGCCGCCACGAUGAGCUUACACACCCGGACACUCUUAAAGCCGGCUUAGCCGAGUUCAUCUCCACCCUCAUCUUCGUCUUCGCCGGUUCAGGCUCCGGCAUGGCUUUCAGCAAGCUCACGACCGACGGCGCCACCACUCCAGCUGGCCUCGUAGCGGCUUCUCUUGCUCAUGCUUUUGCUCUUUUCGUCGCUGUCUCCAUUGCUGCCAAUAUCUCCGGUGGCCAUGUCAACCCCGCCGUCACGUUCGGCGCCUUUGUCGGCGGUAACAUCACUUUACUCCGUGGUAUUGUUUACGUGAUCGCUCAGUUGCUUGGAUCCACCGUCGCUUGCUUACUACUCAAAUUCGUCACUAAUAACAUGGCCGUCGGAGCGUUUUCGUUGUCCGCCGGAGUUGGGGUUACCAACGCUUUGGUCUUCGAGAUCGUAAUGACAUUCGGACUCGUCUACACCGUCUACGCCACCGCCGUUGAUCCCAAGAAGGGUGAUUUGGGAACAAUUGCACCGAUUGCUAUUGGUUUUAUCGUCGGAGCAAAUAUCUUGGCCGGAGGAGCAUUCACCGGAGCAUCCAUGAACCCGGCCGUAUCAUUUGGGCCGGCUUUGGUGAGCUGGACAUGGGCUAACCACUGGAUCUAUUGGGUCGGGCCUUUGGUUGGUGGUGGUAUUGCUGGGCUUAUCUAUGAGUUGCUCUUCAUUAACCAAACUCACGACCAUUUGCCAUCAAGUGCCUAAAUUUGAUAAAAUUGAAUUUUCGAAAAAUAAAAAUUAAAUUUUAAAAAAAUUUCGUUCGUUUAUGUGACCGUUGACUUGUUGACGGCUUGUGGUUUGUUGAUGAUAUUGGAUUGUGAAUUCCCCAUUUCGUCCUUGAUGUUUUUGUAAAGAUUUAUGGGUUGUGUUCAAUGUUAAUGUUGUUUUAAGUUGUGGGUCGUUUUUUUUCCUCCAAAUAAUCGAAUAAAAAAAUGUUUGGAUGA